GGCAAACCUCGAUAACAGCGUAAGCUUGCUCGAUGCAUCGAUGUUUUUCCCGUCCCAUCCCCACGGAUUCGCUCAUUUGAAAAAAAAAAAACAUGGCUGGAAGAGGUGGUUAUGAACACGCUAGAGGCGGAUUCGGUGGAGACCGGGGAUCCAAGCAAUUGCCCACGGAACCGCCGUUCAUCGCAUUCGUCGGCAAUCUGCCGCAAGGCCUGGUGCAGGGCGAUGUGAUCAAAAUAUUCCAGGACUUUGAGGUGAAGAACGUGCGGCUGGUGAAGGAUCGCGAGACGGACCAGUUCAAAGGCUUCUGCUACGUGGAGUUCGAGACGCUGGACAAUCUGGAGAAGGCGCUAGAAUGCGAUGGUCGGAUCAAACUGGACGACCUGUCGGCGCCGCUGCGCAUCGACAUUGCGGAUCGUCGGAAAAAUGAUCGCCCUGGUGGCGGUGUUGGCGGCGGCAACGGAGGCAUGACCCGCGGCGAUGGCAGAGACUUCCAGAAGCGCGGCCCACCCCGCCAAGGCGGCAGCAGUCAGUCAUACAGCCGGGGAGGUCCUGGCACUGGCGGCGGUCGCGAAGGCGGCGGCGGAUCGGGUAAUCGCGGCGAUAGUAGAGGUUCGUACAAUGAUAGUUAUGGUGGUCACAAUGAUAGAAGUCGCGGCGGCGGCGGCAGCGGCGCGGGCUCCGGCGGUGGCAUGAAUAGAGGAUACAAUGAUCGGCCGGCAAAUCGGGGUCGGUACGGCAACUUCAACAACGACGAUCGGUUCGACCGCAACCAGGACCGCGAGCGCGGCCAGCGGGAAGGCAGCUAUGGCAACCAGUCGCGCGACGGCGACCGCUACAACAACUUCAGCCGGCACCGCGACCGCGAGCGCACCCACUACAACCCCAACCAGCAGAGCGAACGGCCCAGCGCCGGAAUGGGCGGCCUGGGAGGCGGCUCCGGCGGCUCUGGCGGCCUGGGCGUCGGCGGUGGAUCCUCCAUGGGCGCCAUUGACGACAAUGAGCGGCCACGCCUGCAGCUGAAGCCACGAACCAUUGCCGCGCCCAUAAACGCGGUGGCCGAGACCAAGCAAUCGGCCUCGAUCUUUGGCAACGCCAAGCCGCGCGAGGAGAAGCUGAAGGAGCUGCAGCAGAAUGUCAAUCACAACGGCGAUAACUAGAUGGGCAGGAGUCGGUCCGCAAUAUAAUAUGCCUGAUAUGAUAUUUUGGAGGGAAGCCGAGAUAGAGUGAGGCGGAGAUAGUGAGGAGGAGGAGGAUCAGAAGGAGCAUCAGCAGCAUGCAUAUAUAAACACAUACAUUAAUUAAAAACACUACGCUACAUACCUAUUAUAUACGAAAGAUAUGUACUACAUUACAAGAACGAGGAUGAAAGAACAGGCUGGCCUCUGUGUCUCUGUGUCAGUGUCCAGUGUCAGUCAGCGAGCAACUUAACAGCAGCAGCAGCAACAGCACAGCAGCAACAGCAACAUCAGCAUCAGCAAGAAGCAGCAACAGCAACAUCAGCAGCAAGCAGCAACCAAGCAACCUUUCUUACUCUUUGCAAACAGAACAGAACAUCCGCAACAACCAUGGAAAGUCUAUAAAUGUUAGUCCUUAAGCAGCGAUAAACUUUAGUCUCGUGCAUAUGGCCUAUAUAUAUAGUAUAUAUACGUUUAUGUGCGAUUCGUGUACAGCAGCUGUAUGCACGUUGCUAUUUGUUAGUUAAGUAAUGCAUAUAAACCAACAAAACAAAAGUUCUACCAUUAAGGUAUAUAAAUAGUAAACAAAACAAAAAAAUCAAAAACAAAACAAUACAAAAAAAGAAAAAACUCGAAAAACAAAGCAAAAAUCGAAAACAAAAACUUUUUUGACAAAACGUUCAGCGUAGCAGGCAGGCAAUUUAUACAGUUUAUAUAUAGCAAAAAAAAAAGAGAAAAACGCAAAAAAAAACAAAACAAAACAAACAAACACCGAAACCAAUUAUUCAACAUAUAUACCUUAUGAAAAACAAAACACCAACUACAGAUCUAACAAAACAAAUCGCAGAGAAGCAGAACACCAACUACGUACGUAACAAAAAAAAAGUAGAAGAAAUAUGCAGAAGUAAUAAUAAUACCGACCGUCAAACAAAGGAUGAAAAGCCAUCAACUACAUAGAUCCUAUGUAGGUGAGGAAGAAGUCUAUGCCGCAGACCAAAAUGAUUUUUAUUUCGAUAUCCUUGCACUCACUACCAUUUUUUAUCUGUUGUUUGAUUUAUAAGCAAAGCAACUCAUUUGAAUAUUUCUUCGCCAAAAUUGUACAUUCACUUUUCCAAUUUUGAUUUAACGUGCCCGCCACAGAUCUGAAUUCUUUGUAGAUAACCUUUGUAUAAGACGCAAAAAGUAUGGAAAACAUGUGUAUAAAUUUAAUUGUUGUUGUUUGUGUGUUUCGGUUUUUCUUUGCAUCCACAUUGUACGUAGGCGAGCAGCGCUUUUCCUUUCUUAAUGACCCUUGUUUCCUCACAAGAUUUUUUAAAUAUAUACCAUUUUUUUUUGUACCUUGCAAGAGCUGAAAAAUAACGCGAAAGUUGUAAAUUAAUUUGAAAAUAAAGCAAAAAAAUUACAUAA